AUGCAAGCGAGUCAUAAUCCACUCGCUCCUGCAGCAUCCGGCAUUGUUAUAAACGCUAGACUUGGAUUUGAAUCCCUGACUCCAACUAACCUGGUGAACGCUUCUGGCUUGAACGCCUCCUCGCUUGUACCAAACUCCCUCUCCCUCCCUCCACUGCCUUCGUCAACCUGCGCAACCUCGUCUUCGUCAUCCCCUUCGUUGCUGACCGUCCCCACCACCUCUGUUUCCUCUUCUAACCUGAUUAUUCCACCUCAUUACGUAGCUAAGAAACCUCCCGCCCCCAGGCCGCCCAUCAUGUCUGUAUAUGAUGCCACUGAAUCUCAUUCAGCUGCCUUGUCUAAAAUAGACUCCUGCUCUGAGACCGUGCCUCUUCGCGAACCAAAUGCUGUCCUUGACAUAAAUCGUAUCACAACUCGUGCGCAUACUGCCUACCUGUGCGAAUCGAGCAUGGAGCUCUUGGUUGAGAAUGAACACCCAACUGCUUUCGAUGGUGGACUGAAGUCGGAAUUUAUAUCAGAGCCAAAGUUGGUCAUGGCUAGAGAUUAUGGCCAAUCAUUCGUCGACAAUGAUUCAGCCGAACUUCGGAAAAGCAAUCAUUUGUCUAAAUCGGCUAGACUGGAGACUGGUAUACCAGCACAGUUUCCGAUGAAGUUGGACUCGAGUCAGAGCCCAAGUGGGGAGUCGCCAGACCGUAAUCGUUCAUUAUCAGGUGGUGCAACAUCUGGAAUCUCUAUUGGAAGUCAAUCAAUAGCCCCUCCUCCUAUGGUGCCCCCAAGACCCACGUGA